AUCAUUUUGGUGGCCAUGAAUCCUUACAAGCAGCUGCCGAUCUAUGGAGAUGCCAUCAUCCAUGCCUACAGCGGGCAGAACAUGGGCGACAUGGACCCGCACAUAUUCGCCGUGGCCGAAGAGGCAUACAAGCAGAUGGCCAGAAACAACAGAAAUCAGUCCAUCAUCGUAAGCGGGGAGUCGGGUGCCGGAAAGACGGUGUCAGCUCGCUAUGCCAUGAGGUACUUCGCCACCGUCAGCAAGUCCAGCAGCACCGCACAUGUGGAGGACAAGGUCCUGGCGUCCAACCCCAUAACCGAGGCUGUCGGAAAUGCCAAGACCACCCGCAAUGACAACAGCAGUCGGUUUGGGAAAUACACAGAAAUCAGUUUUGAUGAGAGAAAUCAAAUUAUAGGUGCCAACAUGAGGACUUACCUCCUGGAAAAAUCCAGAGUUGUCUUCCAAUCGGAAAAUGAACGAAAUUACCACAUUUUCUAUCAGCUUUGUGCAUCUGCACAGCAGUCGGAGUUUAAACAUCUUAAACUGGGGAGUGCGGAAGAAUUUAAUUAUACCAGCAUGGGAGGCAAUACUGUCAUUGAGGGUGUGAAUGACCGAGCCGACAUGAUAGAGACUCAGAAGACCUUCACGCUGCUGGGUUUCAAGGAGGAUUUUCAGAUGGAUGUUUUUAAGAUCCUGGCAGCCAUCCUACAUCUGGGCAACGUGCAGAUCACGGCGGUGGGCAACGAGAGGUCCUCAGUUAGCGAGGAUGACAGUCACCUGAAGGUAUUCUGUGAGCUUCUGGGCCUGGAAAGUAGCAACGUCGCUCAGUGGCUAUGCAACCGCAAAAUCAUCACAAGCUCUGAGACGGUGGUGAAACCCAUGACCAGGCCCCAGGCUGUCAACGCCAGGGACGCGCUGGCCAAAAAGAUCUAUGCCCAUCUGUUCGACUUCAUUGUGGAGAGAAUUAACCAAGCGUUGCAGUUUUCAGGCAAGCAGCACACUUUUAUUGGUGUUUUGGACAUUUAUGGUUUUGAAACCUUUGAUGUGAACAGCUUUGAACAAUUUUGCAUCAAUUAUGCUAAUGAAAAACUGCAACAACAGUUUAACCUGCAUGUCUUUAAACUUGAACAAGAAGAAUAUAUGAAGGAAGACAUCCCUUGGACUCUGAUAGAUUUUUAUGAUAAUCAACCAGUUAUUGACCUGAUUGAAGCAAAAUUGGGCAUUUUGGAGUUACUGGAUGAAGAAUGCUUGUUACCUCAUGGAACGGAUGAAAACUGGCUUCAAAAGCUGUAUAAUAAUUUUGUCAACAAGAACCCUUUGUUUGAGAAACCUAGAAUGUCAAAUGCAUCCUUUAUCAUCCAGCACUUUGCUGAUAAGGUAGAGUAUAAAUGUGAAGGUUUCCUUGAGAAGAACAGAGACACUGUGUAUGACAUGCUGGUCGAAGUCCUGAGAGCAAGCAAGUUUCAUCUCUGCGCCAACUUUUUUCAAGAAAAUCCGGUUCCUCCUUCUCCUUUCAGUGCAAUGAUCACUGUUAAAUCUGCAAAGCAAGUCAUCAAGCCGAACAGCAAGCAUUUCCGGACCACGGUUGGGAGCAAGUUCCGCAGCUCUCUCUACUUGCUCAUGGAGACCCUCAACGCGACGACACCCCACUACGUCCGAUGCAUCAAGCCAAAUGAUGAGAAAUUACCCUUUGAGUUUGACUCCAAAAGAAUUGUUCAGCAGCUGCGAGCCUGUGGUGUUUUAGAGACAAUUCGCAUUGGUGCACAGAGCUACCCUUCCAGGUGGACAUACAUCGAGUUCUAUAGUCGCUACGGCAUCCUCAUGACCAAGCAGGAGCUCUCCCUCAGCGACAAAAAGGAGAUAUGCAAGGUGGCUUUGCACAGGCUCAUUCAGGAUUCUAAUCAGUACCAGUUUGGUAAAACCAAAAUUUUCUUCAGAGCAGGACAAGUGGCUUAUUUAGAGAAGCUCCGAUUGGAUAAACUGAGGCAGAGUUGUAUUAUGAUACAGAAGCACAUCCGUGGCUGGCUCCAGAGGAGAAAAUUCCUCCGAGAGAGGCAAGCUGCCCUGACCAUCCAGCAGUACUUCCGGGGUCAGCAAACCGUGAGGAAAGCUAUUACUGCAACGGCCUUAAAGGAAGCGUGGGCAGCCAUAGUCAUCCAGAAGCACUGCCGCGGGUAUCUCAUGCGCAACCUGUACCGGCUGAUCCGCAUGGCCACCGUCACCAUCCAGGCCCACACCCGCGGAUUCCUGGCGAGGAGGGCCUAUCGAAAGAUGCUAGAGGAACACAAAGCUGUGAUCCUUCAGAAAUACGCACGGGCAUGGCUGGCCAGACGAAGAUUUCAGAAUAUCCGACGAUUUGUGCUCAACAUUCAGCUUACUUACAGGGUCCAGCGUUUGCAGAAAAAGCUGGAAGAUCAGAACAAAGAGAACCACGGGCUGGUGGAGAAGCUGACCAGCCUGGCUGCUCUUCAUGCCGGUGACGUGGAAAAGAUUCAGAAGCUGGAGGCAGAGCUGGAAAGAGCAGCCACCCACAGGCAGAAUUACGAGGAGAAGGGGAGGCGAUACCGGGGUGCUAUGGAAGAGAAAUUGGCAAAGCUUCAGAAGCACAAUUCAGAACUGGAAGCACAGAAAGAGCAAACACAGCUGAAGCUUCAGCAGAAGACCAAAGAGCUGAAAGAAAAAAUGGACGACCUCACCAAGCAGCUCUUUGAUGAUGUGCAAAAGGAAGAACGACAAAGAAUACUUCUUGAAAAAAGUUUUGAACUGAAAACACAAGACUACGAGAAGCAGAUCCAGUCUUUGAAAGAAGAAAUUAAAGCUCUCAAGGAUGAGAAAACGCAACUCCAGCAUCAGGUGGAGGAGGAGCACAUCACCUCUGCCGGCUUGAAGGGGGAAGUGGCCCGACUGAGCCAGCAGGCCAAGACAAUCUCAGAGUUCGAAAAGGAAAUAGAGCUACUUCAGGCGCAGAAGAUAGACGUGGAAAAACACGUGCAGUCACAAAAACGGGAGAUGAGAGAAAAGAUGUCAGAGAUCACCAGACAACUUCUUGAAAGCUAUGAUAUUGAAGAUGUAAGAAGCAGGCUCUCUACGGAAGACUUAGAACAUUUAAAUGAGGACGGAGAACUUUGGUUUGCUUACGAAGGACUAAAGAAAGCAACACGUGUUUUGGAGAGCCAUUUCCAGUCUCAGAAGGAUUGCUAUGAAAAGGAGAUUGAAGCUCUGAACUUCAAAGUGGUGCAUCUAAGUCAAGAAAUCAACCACCUGCAGAAACUAUUUAGAGAAGAGAAUGACAUCAAUGAAAGUAUCCGCCAUGAAGUUGCCAGGCUGACCUCAGAGAACAUGAUGAUCCCAGACUUUAAACAGCAAAUUUCAGAACUGGAGAAGCAGAAGCAAGAGCUGGAAAUCCGCCUAAAUGAACAAAGUGAGAAAAUGAAAGGAAAACUAGAAGAAUUGUCUAACCAGUUAAGUCGUAAUCGAGAAGAGGAAGGAACACAAAGAAAGGCCAUGGAAGCCCAAGAUGAAAUACACACCAGAGAGAAAGAGAAGCUGAUCGAUAAGAUUCAGGAAAUGCAGGAGGCCAGUGAGCACCUGAAGAAACAAUUUGAAACUGAAAAUGAGGUGAAGAGCAACUUCCGGCAAGAAGCGUCUCGUCUCGCUUUGGAAAACAGGGAUCUUGAAGAAGAGUUAGACAUGAAGGACAGAGUGAUUAAAAAGCUACAAGAUCAAGUCAGGACUCUAACCAAGACAAUUGAGAAAGCCAAUGAUGUACACGUGUCGCCAGGACCCAAGGAGUACCUUGGAAUGCUGGAAUACAAAAGAGAAGACGAGGCCAAGCUCAUUCAGAACCUCAUUCUUGACUUGAAGCCCCGCGGUGUGGUGGUGAACAUGAUCCCCGGGCUGCCAGCUCACAUCCUGUUCAUGUGCGUACGCUACGCCGACUCCCUCAAUGACGCCGACAUGCUGAAGUCCCUCAUGAACAGCACCAUUAAUGGCAUUAAGCAGGUGGUUAAGGAACAUUUAGAAGACUUUGAGAUGCUGUCCUUCUGGCUUUCCAACACCUGCCAUUUCCUUAACUGCCUGAAGCAGUACAGUGGAGAAGAGGUACGCACGCUUGCCUGCUUUGUGUCCUGUGCUGACAGCAGUCUGCCACCUCCUCUGCCGGGCAUGCUGGAGUAUGAGAGUCUGCAGGGCAUUUCUGGCCUGAAGCCCACGGGCUUCCGGAAGCGGUCAUCCAGCAUAGACGACACAGACGCCUACACAAUGACCUCCGUGCUGCAGCAGCUGAGCUACUUCUACAGCACCAUGUGCCAGAAUGGCCUGGACCCCGAGCUCGUGAGGCAGGCGGUGAAGCAGCUCUUCUUCUUGAUCGGGGCGGUCACGCUGAACAGCCUCUUCCUGCGCAAGGACAUGUGCUCCUGCAGAAAAGGGAUGCAGAUAAGGUGCAACAUCAGCUACUUAGAAGAAUGGCUUAAAGAUAAGAAUUUGCAGAACAGCUUAGCCAAGGAAACUUUGGAACCUCUCUCUCAGGCAGCCUGGUUGCUUCAGGUCAAGAAGACCACAGACAGCGAUGCCAAGGAAAUCUAUGAACGCUGCACCUCACUGUCUGCCGUGCAGAUCAUCAAGAUCCUUAAUUCAUACACACCUAUAGAUGACUUCGAGAAAAGAGUGACUCCAUCCUUUGUUCGCAAAGUACAGGCUCUCCUAAAUAGCCGGGAGGACUCGUCGCAGCUGAUGCUGGACACCAAAUAUCUCUUUCAAGUCACGUUUCCUUUCACCCCCUCUCCACAUGCCCUGGAAAUGAUCGAGCUCCCCAGCAGCUUCAAGCUAGGCUUUCUCAAUAGACUAUAG